AUGGAAAUCGGUCGCUUUUUGCUUGGAUUAUGUGCCUUUUUCUACUUUUACAGCUCUGUUUCAGCAGAGUCCACAUGCAAGCUGAAGGCCAAGUUCAACCUGAGCGGCUACAAGGACAUAGAAAAGAAGAAGGUUGUUGUUGGGGGCAUGUUUCCCGUUCACAAGCGUAUUGCCUCCACUGAUGGCAACACUUCAAGGGUGCCUGUCUCCUCGGGGUGUGAGGGGUUUAACUUCCGCACUUUCCGCUGGACCCAGACUAUGCUGUUUACCAUCAAUGAGAUAAACCAGAGGACUGACCUGCUGCCCAACACCGACCUGGGUUAUGUCAUCUACGACUCCUGCUUCACCAUCUCCAAGGCCGUGGAGGGCACCCUCACUUAUCUCACGGGCCAAGAUGAGGCUGUGCCCAACUACCGCUGUGGGACCGGGGCGCCUCUGGCUGCUCUAGUGGGUGCUGGGGGCUCUGAUCUGUCCAUUGCCACUGCCAGGAUACUGGGACUUUAUCACUUCCCUCAGGUGAGCUAUUGCUCAACAUGCUCUGCCCUGGAAAGUAAGUUCCAGUUCCCCACGUUCCUGAGAACCAUUCCCAAUGACAAACACCAGUCCACCGCUAUGGCCCAGCUGGUGCUGCACUUUGGCUGGACCUGGGUCGGCACCAUAGCUGCAGAUGAUGAUUACGGCAAGUAUGGCAUCAAAGACUUCAAGGAGCAGGUGGAGGAAGCUGGUGUGUGUAUCUCCUUCUCUGAGACCCUGCCCAAGGUCAAUUCCCCUGAGGACAUCCAGCGGAUUGUUGAAACUGUAGUUGCGUCCACAGCCAAGAUCAUCGUGGUCUUCUCAUCAGAUGUGGACCUUAGUCCUCUCAUCCUCGAGCUUCUCCGGCACAAUGUGACCAAUCGCACCUGGAUCGCCAGCGAGGCAUGGGUCACCUCUGCUCUCAUCAACCAGCCUGGGGUGAGCUCUGUGCUUGGUGGUACCCUGGGCUUUGGGGUGAAGAGGGCUGACAUCCCUGGUCUUCAGCGCCAUCUACUGGACCUGGACCCCUAUGCUGACCCUCUCACUGAAGAAUUCUGGGAGACGAUGUUUAACUGCACGCUGGACUAUGGCAGAGCUCUGAGACAGGCCAAGCAGAUGGCUAAGGAGGUUAAUGGCACACUGUCCAGGGCAGUGAGGGGGAUUCCUGAAGGGCUGUGUACUGGGAGUGAGUCCCUGGUACAGCUCAAUAACACCUACUCUGAUGUUUCCCAGUUACGAAUCACUUACAGUGUAUACAAAGCUGUGUAUGCUGUGGCACACGCCUUGCACAACCUGGAGUACUGUGUACAGGGACAGGGACCAUUCAGUGGGAACAGCUGUGCUGACAUCACAAACUUUGAGCCUUGGCAGCUGAUGUACUACCUGAAGAAUGUGCAUUUCAAAGUGCCACACACAAAUGAAGAGGUCUACUUUGAAGAUGGGGACGUGAAGGGCUUCUACGACAUCAUUAACUGGAAGUUCAGUAGUAAUGGGGAGAUAGCCUACGUCACUGUGGGACAGUACAAUGGCUCAGCAGCCCCAGAGGACAGGAUGACCAUAGCGAAUGACUCCAUUGUGUGGAACAAUGAAAUGCUGGAGCCACCUCGGUCAGUGUGCAGUGAGAACUGUCAGCCCGGCACCAGGAAAGGGAUCCGGCAGGGAGAGCCAGUCUGCUGCUUUGACUGUAUCCCAUGUGCCGACGGAGAGAUCAGCAACACAACGAAUGCUCGUGAAUGUAUCUUGUGCAGUGGAGACAACUGGUCCAAUGAAGCUCAUGACACCUGUAUACCAAAAAUCAUUGAGUUCCUGGCCUUUGGAGAGCCGCUGGGGAUCACACUCAUCGUCAUUUCUGCCUUUGGAGCAUUAGUUACCAUCGCUGUCGGGGUGGUGUUUAUUGUGCAUAUCGGCACCCCUCUGGUGAAAGUAAAUGAUGCUCUGUUGAGUUUCUCCCUGCUCUUCUCGCUGGUGGUGACCUUCCUCUGCUCCAUCGUGUUCCUUGGAGAGCCUCAGGACUGGAGCUGCAUGACCAGCCAAGUAGCCCUGGCUUUGGGCUUUGCUCUCUGCCUUUCCUCCAUCAUGGGUAAGGCAGCAGUGUUGAUGCUGAGGGCCCAGGCUCUGAAAGCAGCCCGCCUCAGAGCCAAAGCAGCCGCCAAAGCUGCAAAAGCAGCAGCCGAAGCAGCAGCCAACAGCGGCAGUCCUGAUGUCAUUGUAACCAACACAAAUAACAACAAUGAUACCAAAGCCAGUGCUGACCCUGAAGUUGAUGUUCUCACCUGUGCCCACCAGAGGGCAAUAGCUGCUGUGGCAACAUUAAUACAGGCUAUCGCAUGCACAGUGUGGCUUAUCGUCCUCCCUCCGCACCCUGUCAAAAACACCUCAGCCCAGAAUAUAAAGAUCAUUCUCGAGUGUGACGAAGGCUCAGUGGUCUUCAUCUGUUGUAUCUUUGCCUAUGACAUCCUGCUGGCACUGCUGGCCUUUGUCUUUGCCUUCAUCGCCCGAAAACUGGAGGACCACUUCAGUGAGGCGAAGAGCAUGACCUUCGGCAUGCUUGUCUUCUUCAUUGUGUGGAUCUCCUUUGUCCCAGCUUACCUUAGCACACGUGGCAAGUUCAUGGUAGCGGUCCAGAUUUUUGCCAUCUUGGCCUCGAGCUUUGGCCUGCUAACCUGCAUCUUCCUGCCCAAGUGCUACGUUCUCUUGGUCAAACCUGAACGCAACACAGAGGAGAUGAUGAGGCCCCGUGCCAAACCCCGCGAUGGGACCUCGACCGGGACCUCGGCCUCGCUUGCUACAGCAGCUACUGAGGUCAAUACUACGACUGCAUCCACCGCCAUUGAUGAUUAG